UCCUCCUCCUCUCGCCGCUGCUGCCGCUGCCGCCGCCGUCACCGCCGGGACGCGCGGCCUGAGGCGGCCGGGGCUGAGCCUGCGCGCGCCGCUCCGUCUGUCUCCGCGUGGGGCGGAAGACUCGCCCCCUGACCCUCCCGCGGAGGGCCCCCUCGGCGUUCUAGUGGUCUGGAGGUCCCGGGGCUCCUUCCUAAUAGCCCGGGACUGAGUCUCCUCCAGUCGGGACCUUCUCCUCAUCCACUGAGGAGGGGUAGACUUCUGCCGCUGUAUCUCCCCCAAACCGGGUCCUUCCUCUGCCAUCUCUUCACACUUACACGGACGGCAGAGAGCUUCACCAUACUGUUUGAUUUCCUUUCCAACUCCAGAACCUUCUGACCUCCGCUAGUUCCUGCUGGCCCCUGCCCGCUUCCCAGUGCCCCCCGCCAGGAGACACCCUCAGACCCCAUACGCCCUGGGUCUGGCUUGGUACCUGCGGGCCCCUGCCUGAUCACUUCUUCUCUCUUCACCACACCCUCAUCCUGCAGUCCCCUGUUCUCCACCCCUCACUCCCUUUGUCACCUCUUGAAGUCCCUGCCUAACCCCGGGCCAGCCUUUAUCCCUCUACCCCAAGAUGUGAGCCCCUUUAACCUGUAAUGCUCUGGCUGACCCUUGGCCCCUUCCAUGCCAUGGAGAACCAGGUGCUGGUGAUUCGCAUCAAGAUUCCAAAUAGUGGCGCGGUGGACUGGACAGUGCACUCCGGGCCGCAGUUACUCUUCAGGGAUGUGCUGGAUGUGAUAGGCCAGGUUCUGCCUGAAGCAACAACCACAGCAUUUGAAUAUGAAGAUGAAGAUGGUGAUCGAAUUACAGUGAGAAGUGAUGAAGAAAUGAAGGCAAUGCUGUCAUAUUAUUAUUCCACAGUAAUGGAACAGCAAGUAAAUGGACAGUUAAUAGAGCCUCUGCAGAUAUUUCCAAGAGCCUGCAAGCCUCCUGGGGAACGGAACAUACAUGGCCUGAAGGUGAAUACCCGGGCUGGACCCUCUCAACACAGCAGCCCAGCAGUUUCAGAUUCACUUCCAAGCAAUAGCCUAAAGAAAUCUUCUGCUGAACUGAAAAAAAUAUUAGCCAAUGGCCAGAUGAAUGAACAAGACAUACGGUAUCGAGACACCCUUGGUCAUGGCAAUGGAGGCACAGUCUACAAAGCAUAUCAUGUCCCAAGUGGGAAAAUAUUAGCUGUAAAGGAAAUUUUGGAUGAACGUUUUCCCCAGUUAGCAAAGGUCAUUGGGGGAUCUUUGGAUGUAUAUAGGAAAAUUCCAGAACAUGUCCUUGGAAGAAUUGCAGUAGCAGUAAGGGGAGUGACUGCUUUGUGGCUUUUGGCAGUUCUUGGCUCUAAAAAUGUGAAGCCUUCCAAUAUGCUAGUAAACACAAGAGGACAAGUGAAGCUGUGUGAUUUUGGAGUUAGCACUCAGCUGGUGAAUUCUAUAGCCAAGACGUAUGUUGGAACAAAUGCUUAUAUGGCGCCUGAAAGAAUUUCAGGGGAGCAGUAUGGAAUCCAUUCUGAUGUCUGGAGCUUAGGAAUCUCUUUCAUGGAGCUUGCUCUUGGGAGGUUUCCAUAUCCUCAGAUUCAGAAAAACCAGGGAUCUUUAAUGCCUCUCCAGCUUCUGCAGUGCAUUGUUGAUGAGGAUUCGCCCGUCCUUCCGGUUGGAGAGUUCUCCGAGCCAUUUGUACAUUUCAUCACUCAGUGCAUGCGAAAACAGCCAAAAGAAAGGCCAGCACCUGAGGAAUUGAUGGGCCACCCCUUCAUCGUGCAGUUCAAUGACGGAAACGCCACCGUGGUGUCCAUGUGGGUGUGCCGGGCGCUGGAGGAGCGGCGGAGCCAGCAGGGGCCCGCAUGAGGCCUCAGCGCGUCGCUGAAAGUCCAGGACCGAGGGGAACAGCCCACCUGUUGCCCCCUCUCCAUUCGCUGCCUGCACCACAGCUUGCUGGGCCCGGCUUCCCUGCUGUCACCUUCGACUCUGCAGGCAGAUGGCCUGGCCGAGGGGGUGGCAGCCGCUCCAGGAGGCUCCGACGCUGGCAGGGUGGGCAAAGGGGCGAGGCGGCGAGAAUGGAAGCUCCUGUGGCCCCUGCCCUGUUUCCCUAACGUUAUUCCUUGUAAAGGUCAGACCCCACCAGCCUCACGGUGGGA